AUCACAGAAAUGUGACAAUGAUCACUCUAAAAAAAGUAUGUUCCCUCCUAUUCUUCAGGCACCAUCACAAACUGCAGGCCAUUCAAAAAUAGAGAAUACUCUCCAAUGGCUGGCAGUCAAAAUGAGGAUUGCCAUGGAACCCUCACGAGAUUGCAUUCCCCCCCACCCCUUUCUAUCAGGCAAUGAAUUCUUGAGUGGUUGUGGACUUCUUCCCACGUAUUUGGCGUCGACAGCGUGGAUUACGACGACGCCCGCCCGCCCGCCCGCCCUUGCCUCACCAGCUUGACUGGAUCUUGUGGAUUUAAGCUUACAUCCCUCCGCUUUACUCUCCUAUCUUUCCUCCCCCACUCCCACGUUUCUGCGCAAACUUCAUGUAAAUUAGCCCUCAACCUCCUCCUCCUCUCUCGGCUCAUUGGCACGUCUUCUUAUCAUCUUCAUUUGAGACCGAGAGGGACGCAGAAGCUCCUCCACCACCCACAUCCAUGUUCUAGUCCACCUAUCUUUCGUACAAGAUUAAUGCAUCAGGGUGAUCUCUAGUUCAUCGGUGUUGGGUGGCCGUGUCUACUUCUCCUCCUCCUCCUCCUCCUCCACCUUUACCUACCUUGGGACUUUGGGCUCUUUCAGAAUGUCUUUCAGCGGCACCCUCGACAAAUGCAAGGCAUGCGAGAAGACCGUCCAUUUCAUAGAUCUCUUGUCCGCUGAUGGAGUCAUCUAUCACAAGUCCUGCUUCAGAUGCAGCCACUGCAAUGGGACUCUCUCGAUGUGCAACUACUCUUCCAUGGAGGGUGUCCUCUACUGCAAGCCUCAUUUUGAGCAGCUGUUCAAGGAGACAGGCACCUUCACCAAAAAGUUCCCAACAGGGAUAAAGGCUGGAGAGAGGAAUGAACUGUCUAAAACGCCAAGCAAGUUCUCCUCCAUGUUCAGUGGAACUCAGGACAAAUGUGCAAGCUGCAAGAAAACAGCGUACCCCCUGGAGACGCUGACCAUGGAGGGAGAGUCGUACCACAAGACCUGCUUCAAGUGCUCCGUGGGAGGCUGCACCCUCACGCCUUCGUCCUGCGCUGCACUCAACGGCAUACUUUACUGCAAGCACCAUUUUGCUCGGUUGUUCAUGGAGAAGGGAAGCUACAGCCACGUGAUCCAGGCGGCUCUGAUGAAGCAGAACGCGGCCGAGCAGCCCAUCUAAGCCCCGCCCGCGCAGGAUCGAGCGAGCGAGCGAGCGAGCGAGCGAGAGAGAGAAAUAAGAAAGGCUUACUUAUUCCAGGUUCAUUCUGGUUCUUUGUUUUGACUUCUUCACCUGGGACUACUGGUAUCAAGAGGAAUUGAAUUGUGCGCUUUGAUUUCUGAUGUUUUCCUCAUGUACUCGAUCCUUUUUCUUCUUCUUCUUCUUUUUCUCUCGUACAAGACCUAUUCUCAUAAACCAGUGAAUCAAAAAAAGGCCUUAAAGAUUAAUAAUCUUAACACCACCAGUUUAUCCACAUCCAUUAAACCUCAUCAUCAAACAUGCCACGGUUUAGCCUGUGGGCACUUCGAUUUGGUUUCUUUUCAUGCAGUUGGAAUGGGGAGGAAUACAAUAUUAUAUCUUCCUGCAUGGAGAAAGAAACACCAAAUAGAGAGAGGUACACAAGAUUUUGCGAGCAACAGUGCUGUUUAGGCACCCAGAUUUCCUGACCUGAUAAAAGAUAGUUGCUAGGAAAACAAAAUAAAUAAUUGAACAAAAUAAAAAAA